AUGGGAAUGGUGUACGAUGUCGAUGGCGGUUAUCUGUUUGGUGAUUUCGAUCGUCACAACCUGCAGUUGGUUCAACAUCGCGACCAGAGUCUCAGCUACUCCGCGUUCAUGAUGGCCAAUCCACCGAUUAAGAACGUGAUGCGUUUCUACUUCUUCAACGUUACUAAUCCAGAUGAGAUGAUCUACUACGGGGAAAAACCGCGUCUAGUUGAAUCGCAGUCCUAUGCAGUGAUGUAA